AUGGGCGCCAGACUGAGUGCCAGUGAAAGGGAGGUGGAGGAGCUGAAGAGAAUGAAUGCAGCCCUGGAGGCCAGAGUGACAGACAGUGAGAAUGGGAACACAGCCUUAGAGGCCAGACUGAAUGCCAGCGAGGGGAUGGUGGAGGAGCUGACGAGAGAGAAUGCAGACAGACCAAAGGUGGCCUUCUCUGCUGGUUUGACUAAUGAUGCAUAUUUAGGACCCUUUAAUAGUAUCACCACACUAGUAUACAGAAGGGUCAUCACCAACAUCGGCAAGGCCUACAACCCAAAUACAGGUGUCUUCACAGCACCAGUGAGAGGACUCUACUACAUCAGAUUCACUGCCAUGGGUCUCAAGGGUCCACAGUCCGUAGGUGCCUAUAUUUACCACAACGACAAGAGUGUCAUGUUCAAUAACCAGAACAAUGACAAUGGACAUAAUAGGUUCUUGUCUAAUGCGUUGACUCUAGAGCUGGAGGCCGGGGAUGUGGUUUACAUGCGUCUCCCAGUAAAUCAGGAGCUCUAUGAUGAAAAGUCGAGUAACUACAGCACCUUCAGUGGCUUCCUGCUCUUCCCUAUGUGA